UAAGCGGUUGGCUCACAACUGUUCACUCCGGUAAUCCAAAUAGAAGGAGACGCACAGCACCAAAACGAAGCUAGGGCUCUGCAAUUGAUUGAUCAGGGGGUUCCGGACGCGGUCGGAGGCAUGAGCUUCCAAUCCAGUGUAGCAAUAGGUUUGAAUUCUGCACUCUUAACUCCUCAAUCGAUAGGCUGUAAAUCAUUGUUAUAACCAAAUCGAACCCAAUAGCUUGCACCACCACCGGAAAUCCUCACCAUAGUCAGUUUCUCGUCAUCGUCGGAGUCUUCCCUGGUCUUCGCCGUCGGAGCGUCUCUCGGUCUUCGCCGUCGGAGCACCUCUCAGUCGUUUCACGGAUCUAGCACAAAGGUAGCACAAAGGUCUGAUUUUUGUUUUUCAAAAAGUUUAAUAAGCAAACCUCAGGGGAGGUCAGAUUAAUUUGUCCAUCUCUUUUCAAUUCUUUCCCUUUCCUGCGAACCAAACAAAGCCCUAUAAAACACCUGUGCUAAGUUGGUGGUUCAUACCCCUCCUUGUUCGCAACACAAAUUAAACCCUUUUCCAGCAAGCCCUCUCCGUCUCUAUAUCUCUUUCUUUAAAUAUCGUAUUCUCCACUGUAUCAUUGCAUAGGGUUAUCAUCAAUUAGGGUUUUCAUCCAACAUGGCUCGCAAGCGCAGAAGCGAGUCGAGUGGUGAGGAGGAUUAUAGGGCGAAACGGUCGCGUCGGGAUCUGGAUGACGACAAUCGCCACAGAAAAUCGGAUUCGCGAAGGGAUCUGGAUGACGACGAUGGGCACAGAAAAUGGGAUUCGCGAAGGGAUCUGGAUGACGACGAUGGGCACAGAAAAUCGGAUUCGCGAAGGGAUCUAGAUGACGACGAUCGACACAGAAAAUCGGAUUCACGAAGGGAUCUGGACGACGACCAUCGAAACAGAAAAUUGGACUCACGAAGGGAGUUGGAUGACGACGAUCGACAUAGAAAAUCGGAUUCACGAAGGGAUAGAAAACGAGAUAGGAGUGAGCGAGGGCGAGGAGAAGAAGGUAGCAGGGAUGUUCGGGAGAAGGAUAAGGAAGAGAGGGAGUCGCAAAAACAGCAGUUGCAGUCGGGGGGAUUGCGACAAGAAGGCAAGCCAUCGUUGAAUAUGGAUGAUGCUGCUGCGAAUUUGGGGACGAGGAGUGGUGGAGUGUACAUUCCACCGUUUAAGUUAGCAAGGAUGAUGAAGGAGGUGGAGGAUAAGAGUAGUUUAGAAUACCAAAGAUUGACAUGGGAUGCAUUGAGGAAGAGUAUAAAUGGGUUAGUGAACAAAGUAAAUGCAACCAAUAUUAAGAAUAUAAUUCCUGAACUUUUUGGUGAGAAUCUGAUCCGAGGAAGGGGUCUCUUUUGUCGGUCCUGUAUGAAAUCUCAGAUGGCAUCGCCUGGUUUCACACACGUGUUUUCAGCUUUGGUGGCUGUGGUUAACACCAAGUUUCCGGAGGUGGGUGAGCUUUUGUUGAGAAGGAUUGUUCUGCAGCUAAAGAGAGCGUAUAAGCGGAAUGACAAGCCCCAAUUGUUAGCAGCUGUUAAAUUCGUAGCACAUCUUGUGAACCAGCAAGUGGUUCACGAGCUUGUUGCUUUGGAACUACUCACACUUCUUUUGGAGAAACCUACUGAUGAUAGUGUUGAGGUAGCUGUUGGCUUCGUCACAGAAUGCGGUUCAAUACUUCAAGACCUUUGCCCUAAAGGUUUGCACGGUAUUUUUGAGCGUUUUCGUGGAAUUCUUCAUGAGGGAGAAAUAGAUAAACGGGUUCAAUUCUUAAUUGAAGGUCUAUUUGCAAUCAGGAAAGCCAAGUUUCAGGGGUACCCAGCUGUUCGUGCAGAGUUGGACCUUGUUGAGCAGGAAGAUCAGUUGACUCAUGAAAUAUCUCUUCAAGAAGAGAUAGAUCCAGAGAUUACUUUAGAUAUUUUCAAGCCGGAUCCUCAGUUCACGGAGAAUGAACAGCGUUAUGAGGAAUUGAAGAAGACCAUACUUGGCGAUGAGUCUGAUGAUGAGGAUGAGGCAGAUUCAGAUGCAGGCUCAGAUGAUGAAGAUGAUGAAGAAUCUGAUGAGGAUGAUGAAGAGCAGAUGAAAAUUAAAGAUGAGACAGAGACAAAUCUUGUAAAUCUUCGGAGGACAAUUUAUCUUACAAUUAUGUCUAGCGUUGAUUUUGAGGAGGCUGGUCACAAGCUAUUGAAAAUCAAAUUAGAGUCUGGUCAGGAGAUGGAGCUAAAUAUUAUGUUACUGGAAUGCUGCAGUCAAGAGAGAACUUACCUUCGUUAUUAUGGUCUCUUGGGGCAAAGGUUUUGCACGAUCAACAAGGUCUACCAGGAAAAUUUUGAGAAGUGCUUUGUCCAGCAAUAUUCCAUGAUCCAUCGGCUUGAGACAAAUAAACUACGUAAUGUGGCCAAGUUUUUUGCCCAUUUACUUGGCACCGAUGCUCUUCCUUGGCAUGUUUUAGCCUAUAUACGUUUAACAGAGGAGGACACCACAUCUUCUUCCCGUAUUUUCAUUAAGAUUCUCUUCCAGGAAUUGUCAGAGCACCUUGGCAUACACAGGCUGAAUGAGCGGCUUACUGAUCAGACGAUGCAGGAUUCAUUUGAAUCCAUUUUCCCAAGGGAUAAUCCCAAGAACACACGGUUCGCAAUCAAUUUCUUCACAUCUAUUGGGCUUGGUGGCAUCACUGAAAACCUGCGAGAGUACUUGAAGAAUAUGCCCCGUCUUAUUAUGCAACAACAAAAGCCAGUAUCCGAUUCAGAUGACGAGUCCAGGAGUUCUAGUUCUUCUGAUUCAGAUGCAUCUAGUUCUGAGUCAGAAUCCGGGUCAUCAAGCUCUGAUGAAAGUGAAAGUGAAGAAGACAGACACAAAAAGAGGAGAAGAAGAAGAGACUAAAGGAUAUUCUCAUCAGUAUGGUCAAUUAGGGCUUCAUGUCUUUGAUCCAAUGAAAGCAGCAGUUAUUUCACUCGCGCUUGUUCCACAAUUAGUAGAAUCUUGCUCUAUCUGAAAAUGGGUGGAACUGUACAAGCUUGUGGUUUCACUGUGAAUUACUGUAUUACUUCCAUGCAGUUAAUGGUUGAGUUUUGGAGAGUUGCUGUAAUAGUUUCUAUAGUAGUGCCUUUAGAUUUUCUCUUUCUUAUUUUAAUUGUUGCAAUUGUUUUGUUCUGUUACGUUAGACCCUAGUUUGUCAAAGAUAUUCUAUGCUCAAGAUAGUUCAGUAACAUUUUGAUGAUUGGUCCUGAGAACUAGCAUAUUUAGCUGUCAAAAUGUUUAGCUAUAGUUCAAUUUUCAGUUUCAUCAUUGAUUUUUGAGAUC